CUAACUUGAAACUGUCAAAACUUCGAGAGGAAGGGGAAAUUCCAUCUGUUCCCGCUCGGGAAUCUCAAAAAUCUGACCCGGAAUAAUCAGAGCCUAUGGCAACGCUGCGUAUCUACUUAAGUGUUUUUGUUGUUUUAUGAUUUGUCAAAACAUCAAAACAAGCAGAACUAAUAACAAUAUGCAAUUGUAUACACCUUAUGGAUAAGUGAAUCUUAAAAUAUUCAAAAUGAUAGAGGUGACGGCAAGACUUCCAAGGGGACAUGUGUUUUUAUCUGGAGAAGUGGUGGAAUGUCACAUAACAUUUACCCAUCCUCCUUCGCCAAAUAGGACGGUAUCCCAAAGCCAUGCUGAUGCAUUUGAAAGCUUAGCAUGGGCCUCCGCUCAAAUUCAUUGCCUCUGUUUCACAGAUUCCAAAGUGUAUAAGGAAGAUGAAUCCAACAACCACUUAACCAAUGCUGGUACUGCCCUAGGGGUAGUUCUGAAGGAUAAUGGAAAAGUAGAGAUUACAACAAAGCCCAAGAUCCUUUUCUGUGAUCUCAAGUUAUCUCCAGGACAAUCAAAAACAUAUGUUUACAAAGAACAAAUUCCAAGUGAUUCACCACCAUCAUACAGAGGACAGUUGGUAAAGUACUCAUAUAAAAUCACAGUUGGCACUCAAAGAGUGAGUAGUCCUGUAAAACUUCUCAGAGUGCCAAUUAGAGUAUUACCAUUAUGUGAAGCUUUUUUGACCGAAGCAGUGGCGCUGUGCAAUGAUACUACUGAAGAGCUUACUCCUGCAAAUCCAUUUUUAGAAAUUAGACAAAAAGAACGACCUCUGGAACUUGCACUACAAAGUUUACAGAACAUAACGGCUCGCCGCAACCCUAACUUUUACAUGAUAACAAACACCUGGGGAAAAGUAACCAGAUUUUGCCUUUUCAAACCAGCAUAUAAACUAGGAGAAGAUAUAAUAGGAACUUUUGAUUUCACUGUAGCAACAGUCAGUUGCAUGCAAGUAUCAGUGUCUUUACAGUGCGAAGAAGAGACGAUAAUAGAUGAAGAUAAGAAUACCAAGCAAGUUAGAAACGUAACAUUUAGUAAACAUCAUGAAGUGUGUCUUGGUUACAAAUACACACAGCUAAUAUUACCGAUUCCAUUACAUGUCACCCCUGCUUUUAGCACCAAACUAGUUAGCUUGAAGUGGCGAUUACACUUUGAAUUUGUAACAAGUACCCAUAAAGAACUAUCAGGGCCAUCAUCGGAAGAUACUGAGUGGCAAGCACCGAGUGAAGUUCGUAUAGAAACAAUGGUGUGGAGCCUGCCUAUAAGAUUAUAUUCCACCACACCAAUACAUGUAGCUCAAGGCGUGCAUACCAAUACAAUACAAAAGCUUACUAUACGGUAGUUUUUUAAUGGGUAUUUAAGAAUCAAUUUUUUUUUUCUAAUUGUACUGUUGCGAAAAGAUAUAAUUAAAAAUAUAUAUAUUUUACAACCCAA